GAUGCUGUAAUUGUGCUGAUCUAUAUCUGUUUAAUGGGUGCUGCUGGGAAGUCAGUCCACCAGAAGGGUUAUAAACCUGAGGCUUACAAGCAAAGCAGAUCCCAGAGAGAACUAGAGUUGAUAAAGGGAGGAACUCACAAAUCUGGCAGUCCAAUCUUCAGAAGAAGUCCUGAUCAAACAAAAUCUCCUGUGACAAAAUCUGAACAAUUAUUAAGGAUAGAGGACCAUGACUUUACAAUGAGGCCAGCAUUUGGAGGACCUCCUAUACCAGUAGGAGUAGAUGUUCAGGUUGAGAGCCUUGACACUAUCUCUGAGGUUGAUAUGGACUUCACUAUGACGCUGUAUCUGAGACAUUAUUGGAAGGACGAGCGCCUGGCCUUUCCAAGCACCAACAAUCAGAGCAUGACCUUCGACAGCAGACUGGUGAAGAAGAUUUGGGUGCCUGACAUGUUCUUUGUUCACUCGAAAAGAUCUUUCAUCCAUGACACUACUACGGACAACGUGAUGUUGCGGGUUUAUCCUGAUGGAAAUGUUCUUUACAGUUUACGAGUAACAGUCACUGCCAUGUGCAAUAUGGACCUCAGUCGUUUUCCUCUGGACACACAGACCUGCUCACUUGAGAUAGAAAGCUAUGCUUACACUGAUGAUGACCUCAUGUUGUAUUGGAAGAAAGGGAAUGAGUCUUUAAACACAGAUGACAGGAUCUCACUGUCCCAGUUUCUCAUCCAAAAGUUUCACACGACUACAAAGCUAGCUUUCUAUAGCAGCACAGGUUGGUACAAUAGGUUGUACAUCCACUUCACUCUCCGUCGCCACAUCUUCUUCUUUCUGCUACAGACAUACUUCCCUGCCACACUCAUGGUCAUGUUGUCCUGGGUGUCAUUCUGGAUCGAUCGUAGGGCUGUACCUGCAAGAGUACCUUUAGGUAUUACUACGGUUCUUACAAUGUCCACCAUCAUCACUGGCGUCAACGCCUCUAUGCCACGAGUGUCCUACAUCAAAGCAGUGGACAUCUACUUGUGGGUCAGCUUUGUGUUCGUGUUCCUCUCUGUUAUCGAGUAUGCAGCUGUCAAUUACCUGACCACCGUGCAGGAGCGCACAGAGAGGAAGCUCAGAGAGCAAUUACCCUGCACAUGUGGUAUAGCACGCCCAGUUGAGGACAUGAUAGUCGCUACUGCCUAUAGUGAUGUGGACCAAAGCACAACAGGGAACUAUGGGAUGCCAGAGAAUGAAGUGAGACAGGAGAGGAUCUUUGCUCAGUUCACAUUAGCAGACAAUCAGACCACCAGUCAGGUGAGGAGCUUAAGAAGCUACGUCAACAUCUGGAUAGACACUCAUGCCAUAGACAAGUACUCAAGGGUGAUCUUUCCUGGAGCAUACACCCUCUUCAACAUCGUCUACUGGUCCAUCUACUCCUAA